AUGCUGCGUCAAGACGCUCGCAGUCAAGAGCUUGCGCAGAGGCUCGGCAUGGAAGUGCCCGAGUAUAUUGAAAGAUUGCAAAACCGAAGCUGGCCCUAUGCCCGAGACACAAGUCGCGGACAGGUCGAGGACGAUGUGAGCCAGAGGGCACAGCUCCAGAGGCGGCAUGCGGCGUCCCGGGGAGCCGGUGAAGAAGGCAGAAUGGAGUCAGAGUCGUCAACCGCGAUGCAUAGUCGAACGGGUUCGAGCGACCAGUCGACUCCGGUGCCAUUCUCCGAUAUGAAUAUGCGAAGUCCUGCUGUAUCGGAUGCUAGGAACCACUUCCGGGUCUUUUGUUCGGGAGACCAUACGGCUCCCACCAUCGAGACCAUUAGCAUUUUCGGCGACAUACCCUUUCCACCAGCGGAGAUCAAGACGGAAUAUGGAUACGUCACACUGCGUCAACAGCAGGUCCUGAAUCUUCGAGUCCCGGAGUACCUUAUACAGCCACUGCUGUUUGACGAGGAACGAUGCCCGAUGGCGGCCGUGUACACCGAUUUUCGCGACUAUGGUCGACGGCAGAUUGCCGAGGGAAAACCGCUGGAAUCUGUCCUAGGAUCUCCGAAGGUCGACCUGGCACUGUAUUUUCGUGAGCGCCAGCCUGGUGAUCCGCACACGCCGGCGACUUGGGCGUGCGAGUUCAUGCGUCUCUUGAAGGACUUUGACACCUAUGUAGCACUGGCCUACAUUUUCAGUUACGCCCGUUUCAUGCGUUGGGUGAUCGCACCGUCCGCCGAGACGUACGCGUUGCUUCCACAGGCAAUGAGGCCAACCCCAAUGCAAAGGCUAGUCAGACACCAUCCAGGAGUUGACCUGCCAAUCUUUCCCGAGCUGCGCGACGGCCUCAUCCAGGACAUGCGUGACUAUAUUGUAGCGACGCAAACGCUGGGGACGAGCGUCAACUGGGAGCACCGGCUGGACGGCGCAAUCGACAUGGAUUCGGAAACCGGGGCCAUGACUGUGUCGGAAAGCUUCGCGCAGCACGUGUGCGACCUGUCCAAUUGGUCAAUUAGCCAAAGAUUUGCGGACGUGUUUCCUGAAUUGCGAGGCUUCGUGCACGAAGUCGAGCAAGAGACGAUUCCCAUGUCGAAGGCUGACCUUGACGAGUUCCUCAGGCAACGAGGCAUUGUCAAUCCUGAAUCUGAAAUCAUUGCCGGGGGGUAG